GCCAACGCCCCGCACGGGUGAGGCCGGCAGGGGGGUCCUUCAGAACUUACUUGCUGGGACGGAGUCUUGUAGCUCGCGCUUUGGGCACCUGGAGGGGAUUUUGAGGGGCCAACGAGAGUCUGGGGGAACAGGGUCUUCGAUUCAGAGCACCCCCUCCACCUAGCCCGCAGGAGAGAGCCCCGCUCCUCGCACCCGGCGCCCAGGGGGGGCGCGGAGGGUGGAGCCGGGGCCUCCUUUCCCGCCUGGCCCCCGCCGGCCCGGGCGCAGGAGCGCGAGCACCGCUAGGGGGAUGCCGUGGCUCGGAGGACCAGUGGCUCCGGGGAGGUUGAGCCCCGGGCCCCGGCCAAUCGCCUCCCAGCCGCAGCUCGCCCGCCGAUUGGUCCGUCCCGAGGCCCCGCCCCGCCGCGCCCCGCCCCCUCCCCGGUCCCGGGCCCGCGGUCGUGCUCCCCGGGCCGGGGGCUGCGCGGCGCCCGGGACCUUCCAUCGGCCGCCGAGGUGGCGCGGGAGGGUCCGGCGGGCGGCCUGGUGAGGGGCGUAGGGGCUGGUUUCCUGGGCUGGGAAAACGCCAGGAGCCGGAGUGAGCCGGCUCCCCGUGCCUGCAGCCCGCGCCUGGCGGCCCGACCUCCUUGGAUCCGUCAGUGCCUCUCUAUGUUUUGGGAAUUUAUUUCUCCUUCUUUUUCUUCUUCUUCUCCUUUUUUAUUUUUCUUUUUUUGCUAAACGACCCUUCCCUCGAAAGUUAAUUUUUCCUUUUUUUAAAUAACGACUUCACUUGCGCACCCGCCCGUCCGCCCGCUCGCCCCGCGCCCCGCGGCCCGCGGCAGCACCUGCAGCGCCCCGAGCCCCCCGCGCCCCCCAGGGCCAUGGAGGUGACGGCGGACCAGCCGCGCUGGGUGAGCCACCACCACCCGGCCGUGCUCAAUGGGCAGCACCCGGACUCGCACCACCCCGGCCUCGGUCACUCCUACAUGGACCCGGCGCAGUACCCGCUGCCCGAGGAGGUGGACGUGCUCUUCAACAUCGACGGCCAAGGCAACCACGUCCCGUCCUACUACGGGAACUCGGUGCGCGCCACGGUGCAGCGCUACCCGCCUGCCCACCACGGAAGCCAGGUGUGCCGGCCCCCGCUGCUGCACGGGUCGCUGCCCUGGCUGGACGGGGGCAAGGCCCUGGGCAGCCACCACAGCGCCUCGCCCUGGAACCUCAGCCCCUUCUCCAAGACGUCCAUCCACCACGGCUCCCCGGGGCCGCUGUCCGUGUACCCGCCGGCCUCGUCCUCCUCGCUGUCCGCCGGCCACUCCAGCCCGCACCUCUUCACCUUCCCGCCCACCCCGCCCAAGGACGUGUCCCCGGACCCCGCGCUGUCCACGCCGGGCGCGGGCGGCGCGGGCCGGCCGGAGGAGAAGGAGUGCAUCAAGUACCAGGUGCCGCUGCCCGACAGCAUGAAGCUGGAGUCCUCGCACCCUCGGGCGGCGGGCAUGGCCGCCCUGGGGGGAGCCGCCACCUCGGCCCACCACCCCAUCACCUCCUACCCGCCCUACGUGCCGGAGUACAGCUCGGGACUGUUCCCCCCCAGCAGCCUGCUCGGGGGCUCCCCCACCGGCUUCGGCUGCAAGUCCAGGCCCAAGGCGAGAUCCAGCACAGAAGGCCGGGAGUGCGUGAACUGCGGGGCCACGUCCACCCCGCUCUGGCGGCGAGACGGAACUGGCCACUACCUGUGCAACGCCUGCGGCCUCUACCACAAGAUGAACGGGCAGAACAGGCCCCUCAUCAAGCCCAAGCGGAGGCUGUCGGCCGCCAGGAGGGCAGGCACGUCCUGCGCCAACUGCCAGACCACCACCACCACUCUCUGGAGGAGGAACGCCAACGGGGACCCGGUGUGUAACGCCUGCGGCCUCUACUACAAACUGCACAAUAUUAACAGACCCCUGACCAUGAAGAAGGAGGGCAUCCAGACCCGGAACCGGAAGAUGUCUAGCAAGUCGAAAAAGUGCAAGAAGGUGCACGAGACGCUGGACGAGUUCCCCAAGAGCAGCUCCUUCAACCCCGCCGCCCUGUCGAGACACAUGUCCUCUCUCAGCCACAUCUCCCCCUUCAGCCACUCCAGCCACAUGCUGACCACGCCCACGCCCAUGCACCCGCCGGCCAGCCUCUCCUUCGCGCCUCACCACCCGUCCAGCAUGGUGACCGCCAUGGGCUAGGGCCCGCCCUCCAGGCCCGCCCGCGCCUGCAGGAGCAAGAAUCAUGAAGCCGAGGACAGAGCCGGGGCCAGGGCAGAGGCAGCCGGGCUGGCCGCGCCCCUCGCGACCCUGGGUUCAUUGUGAAUAAGCCAUUCAGACUCCCUCCCUCCCACACAGGGUCCUCGUGCUGUGAACGUAAGCCUGAGCGUCGCCUAGAACUUAGACCCUAAGGAACACUGGACAUUGGGACAGGACUUCGUCGCAUCGGGUGGCUGGGAAAAGAGGCGUGAAGGGCUGCCGAGAAUGUCAUGAAUUCUGGGGAGACGCGAAGUGGGGGAAAGAAGAGACGAGGUCUGAUAGCCAAAUGGACAGACUGCCAGUUGGGGGUUCUUACACUGGUCACCAUGGUUUGAUGCAUUAAAAGCAAAAAGUACAAACAAACUUAAAAAAAAAAAAAGACAAAAAAAAAAGCCAACAAAAAAAAGCAAGGAAAAAAAGUGAAAAAAAACAAAAAAAAAUUUUAAAAAGCAGAGUUAUAGGUAAAUCACUUGUUCUGAGCUGGGGGCCCUCUGCGUGGGAAUCCCCAGUUCUGGGGGUCUGGGCUUUCCAGGGCUCCCCGCCCCGCCCCACACUCGGAACAGAACCCUGUAAUUGUUUGUAUGUAUAAUUCAAAACGCCCAAAUAAGCAGAGAUGUAGAUUUAUUUCAUCAUAUUAUACAGACUGAAUUGUUGUACAAAUUAUUUACUGCUAGUGUUAAGAGCGGCUUUUUUUGGUUUUGUUUUGUUUUUGUUUUAAUAUUUCCUUUCUCGAGUUUGGGUUGAAUAAAACUAGAAGGUAUUCCUCGCCCGACGGUGGCUGUGCUCCGAGGGAUUCUUCCCACUUUGUUUUCGGAUAUUUAUUAAAUAGCUUCUAA